UCAGCUGUGUCCAAUCACAGCUGAUCACUGAUCAUCAGGGCACUGAUAAUCAGUGUAACCCCAGCAGUGCCAGCUGUCAGUGCUCAUCCAUGCCACCUGCUAGUGCCCAUCAAUGCCACAUUUCAGUGCCUACCAGUGCACAUCAAUGCUACAUAUCAGUGCCCAUCUGAGCUGCCUUUCAGUGUCACCCAUCAGUGCCAGUCAGUGCCACCUAUUAAUGCCAGUCAGUGCCGCCUAUCAGUGUGCAUUAGUGCUGUCUAUCAGUGCCAGUCAGUGCCGCCUAUCAGUGCCAUAUAUGAGUGCUGCCUUUCAGUGCCCAUCAGUGAUGCCUGUCAAUGCCCAUCAGUGCCACCUACCAGUGCCUCCUCAUCAGUGCAGUCUAAUAGUGCCCAUCACUGCAGCCUCAUUA